UCACCCUUCUCUUUCUCUUCAAUCCAAGUGGUCCACGAUUCUUGACCUGCACCCUCGGCCAUGGCUUCCAAGUUCUUGACAUCCUUUCCUCUAUUGCCCCAUGUCUUCAAAACCUCUCGAUUUCGUUGUUUUCUGCUCUCUAUUUGUAAGAUAACGCCUUCUGCAGCGAUCACAAUGAAGAUAACUUGUUGGGUCGUGGUCUUUUCGUUCUUUCUCUGCUUAUUCACAUGUGGGUCGUUCUCAUUUGAUGUUUCUCGUAAAGGGUUUCCUAUUGUAGAAACUGAUCCUGAUCAUACAAAACUUCACACUACAAGGGAAGGUUUGGAGGCAAUUGAGAGAAUAAACAACCCUAUUGCUGCUGUUUUUGUGAUUGGUCCUUACCUUUGUUUAAAAUCAUUUCUGCUUGAUCAACUUCUCUCCCUUUCUUGUUAUGAAGGAUUUGGUGUUGGGCACAUGCGUGACACAAAAAAAAAAGCUAGAUGCAGACCGUAAUGAGGUGGAUUUAAGCAACCAUCCAUUUACAGAUAUUACUUACAGGUAUUUU